GGUUUACAAGGUGUUGCCCCGAUUAGAUAGCGCCACCAGCACGAAAUCUACCGACGGCGGUGUGUCAGUGGUUUUGGCAUUCAGUUAGCAUUCGACAGAGCGGCGAAAUGACGUCCAAUCUGAGAACCCUCGAUCCCAAACUGGCGGCUUUAGCCAAAAGUGAGUGCAAUGAGGAUCCAGCACAGCGCGCGGAGAUCAUAGCCACCAUCCAGGAGUGGAUAAGGAAGUCGCCGCAUCUCAAGGCACCCACCGAUGAGCAACUCAUCCUGGCAUUCCUGCGGCGAUGUCGUUUUAGUCAGGAGGAAUCGAAAAGGCGGUUCGACAACUACUACUCCCUGCGCAGUGUUUUCCCGGAGGUCCUGGGAUCCAGACAGGUGGACGAAGCCCUGCUCACCCAGCUCCAAAGAGGAAUCCAUGUGAUACCCACGCGACCUGUGAGUUCCGAGGGACCAAGAGUAAUCAUCUCUCAGUUCCGAAACAUCGAUCCCAAAAAGUCGAGUCCCAGGGAAGCCUUCAAACUGGUCUUCAUCAUGCUGGAACUUCUGGCCCUGGACUGUGAUAAUGCCUCGAUUUCCGGUCUGGUGUGGGUUGUGGACUGCCGGGAUGUGACCAUGGAGCAGAUGCUGCAGUACGAUCCCUUCCUGCUCAAGAAAUCGUUCGCCCUGGUGGAUCAGUGCAUUCCCCUAAGAUUCGUGGAGAUUCACAUGAUCAAUAUGCGAAAAGAGGGAAUCAGUAUCUUCAACUUUGUUACGAAGUUUUUACCCUCCAAAUUGCCUUUUAAGUUCGUGGUCCACAAAAAGUCGGAGGAACUGUACCAGCAUUUACCGAGGGAAGCGAUGACCAUCGAGUACGGAGGCACCAAUGGCUACCAGGCGGAGGCAGUGGACUACUGGCGCCAGAAGCUGCAGGACAACAAGGACUACCUAGCCAAGGAUGCCCAGUACGGUACCAACGAGAAACUGCGAGUGGGAUUGGCGAGUGCCUGGGCCAAUGGAGAACUGGAUGGAAUGAGCGGAUCCUUCCGCAAACUGGAGUUGGAUUAAGUAAAUUGCUCUUUUUGUUGUUUUGAUUACCGUUUAAUUAAGUGCUAAUGCUAUACAAAUAAUUUAAGGCCUAUUCGGGUCACUGGGUAUCUCGUGUAUCCUCUUAUAAAAA